CUUGGGGUCACCACGCUUGUGACGGUGAGUUUGCUUUUUUUUCCUGUUGAUUUUCUAGACGCGUCCUGGCUUGGCUGGAGUACUUCGACUUCCGACGCUCGACCCACCCACCACCUGGAUGAGGCCUUUCUACUGUCCUGGAAGGCUCUUUUUGAAUGAUAAGAAGCCUGCUGUGCAUCUCAGGCCUGUAUUGUGCAACUUCUUGUAAUGUUUCCUGCCCUGCUCUUUGCGUGGUCGGUCCCGUCGUCAUCCAUCUCCGUCGAUUCCAUCAAACAUUCAUCCAAAAGACAUCGGUCCAUCAAAACUUUCAUACCCCUACUCUUCCUACAUGUUUUCUGGUGAUUUUGGCGCCUUUUUUUCGGUCGCAAACCGAAUCUUGAUAUCCUGUAGCUAGCAUGGUGUACCCAGCC